AUGUCUUCAUCUGUUCCAUACGACCCAUAUAUUCCAAACCAGGACUCGUCCGAGCAGUCGAACUCCCGGACUGCAGCCAUUCAGGCGCAAAUCGAUGAUACCGUUGGUAUCAUGAGAGAUAAUAUCAAUAAGGUUGCCGAACGUGGAGAACGUUUGGAUUCAAUCGAAAACAAAACAGAUAACUUGGCUAUUUCUGCCCAAGGGUUCCGUCGUGGUGCUAACAGAGUCCGUAAGGACAUGUGGUGGAAAGACAUGAAGAUGAGAAUGUGUAUUAUUUUGGGGGUAGUGAUUGUUUUGAUUGUGAUCAUUGUUCCAAUUGCAGUUCAUUUCAAGUAA